UGCAUCAUGGAGGACGCCGACGAGCUGGCGCUGAACGUGCGGCCUUCGUGCUUGGACCGCCGCGUCCCGCAACCGUUCAUCGCCGACCGCGCCGUCCGCUUCGUGUGCGCCUGCAACUACGCCGCCUACAGCGCGCUGGUCGUCGUCCUCGCCGUCCUGGUGAUGGGCCUCGUCGGCUAUCUGGUCAUCGUGCAGGACCGAGGCGGCGUCGACUACGCGCACCGGCGAUUCAAUUUCACCGAUGAAUUGCCGGACGGAUUCGAGGGUCAGGAUUUCUCCCCUACCGCUCAAGCCGACGGAACAACGGUCGUCCACGAGAGGGAUCUGUGCGGCUCGCGCGACUGCAACCACGAAGCGGUGCGCAUAGUCGGCUCGCUCAACGCGUCCGUGGACCCAUGCGACGACUUCUACGCCUACGUGUGCUCUGUCUGGAUGGACAAGCACCGUCCCACGAAAGGCCAGGACAGGCGGUCCGUUGACGACGACCUCUUGGACAGCUACUCUCGCUUCUUGGUCAGCCUGCUGGGUCACAGCAAUGCCGAGAUACCCGCGGCCAAGACCCUCUUCGACGCAUGCGUCGUACCACCCGCCUCCCUGUUCAGGGACGUCGUCACCACAUUCUUCUACAUGGUGGGUCUACAGCACUGGCCUUACUCGCCUUCGGACAGGGUUAUGGCCGUGGACGUCGCCUCCAAGGUCGGCACUCUUCACCGUCUCUUGGGACUAGACAGCCUAUUUCAUCUCUCCGUCGUCGAGGAUCCCGAAGACAAGUACACGUUCAUGUCCAUCGGCGAGCCCGACCUGGUGUCCGGAUUCGUCGAAGGAUCCUCAGUCGCAGAGUUCGCCUUCUUGGCCAAGGCUCACGAAACGCUCAUGUCGUACCUGGGCAGGACCUUGUCGACCAACGUCGCGGUGGUGGAGACGGACCUGGCGCGGCGCAUGUCCCCACGAAGGACACCGGGUUGCUACGAGCUGCUGAGCCAGUGCACGACCGUGCGCCUGGACCAGCUGCCGGAGUCUGGCGUAGUCCACUGGAAGCUGCUAGCGGAGGAAGCGUUCGGCGACCGCAUCGCGGCUGUGAACAGGUUCGUCAAGAUGCCUAACGACGAAUAUCUGCUCAGCUUCGGCAGCGACGUGCAGCAGACCCUGCAGAAGCUGGACAUUCUAAACUACCUGGCGUUCCGAGUCUGCAUGGCGCUCUCACCACUCAUCGCCAACGCCACCGUGCGCCACCGGCUUGCCUCCAUCGCGUACGGCCGCAACCCACGCGUUUCCAAGACUCUGCUACCGGAGCACUACUGCGUGCGGCUAUUGGACCGUUUCGAAGCGCCGCUCGUCAUGGCGUUGGCAUACGACCAGUCCAUCACCCUAAUCUCGUGGGACGAUGUCCUGGAGCUCGUUUUGGGUCACCUCAAUGCCACGCUAGCAAGACACCUCAGCUACGACUUCUCCCGUUGGUUCACGCGCGAGUUCGCCGAUCACGUGUCCCAACAGUUGGCGCGGGUCUCGUGGGAGCCCCUGGUGCCUAAGCGGUUCUUCGACGAGGAGUACCGCAGCAAGUACCUGAGCGGGCUCCAUAAGGGGGACUCCGGCAGCCAGCAGCUGCCUUCCUUCUUCUACUUCUGGCUCCAGCGAGCCGUCAAGAGGGCGCGCGGCACCCUGGAAACGUCCGAAGAGGACCUCAGGCCCGGCUGGAACAAGGGCUUCCUUAGCACUUGGCCGCACCUCGGCGCUCCGUUUAGAAUCCUGGAGAUUCCGCUGCCAGUGUUCGACUUCGGCAUGCCCCUCGACCGCAAGCUGAGCAAGUUUCACAUCGCUCGGGUCGGUACGCGGGUCUACUGGAGCCUCUUCAGGUACAUCUACUUCCUGGCGUACGGUUUCUACCUGAACACCACGUUGUCCGACCCGGUCUCCGUGUUCGAGAACCUGCGCGGGUGCCUCCAGAAGGACUACGCCCGGAUGAGCGCUUCUGCGGGCCGGUCUCCGCUGCACACGCUGCUCCUCUUCGAGAAGACUUCGACCGCGGACAUGCUGGACGUGUUGGCAGUGGGUCUGGCCUACCAGUCCUUCGAGGAGUACAUGGUCAAGGAGGUCUCCAACUUCCGCUUCAGGGAUGCGCGCCAGUUCUCGCUGGAACAGCUGUUUUUCAUCUACUACGGCAUGAGCCACUGCGAGAACGCGAACCCGCUCUUCGAGAGCUGGCAGCAGGCGAGCGACGUCAGCUCGGCGUGGGCCCGCGUCAACGGACCCCUGAGACACGUGCCCGAAUUCGCGGCGGCCUUCCGCUGCCCCCUGGGUUCGUUCAUGAACCCGCACGACAAGUGCAGGCUAGAUGAGAUCAGCACCACUAUGCGCCAGCCUUAACGGAAAUUCCUUUGGCUUUAUAUGUGACGGGGCACAGAGACCUACGAUAUAAGUCUGCAGCGAGUUUAUAGGUUACCUGUUAUGAAGUUAAAGGAUUCGACACACGAUGUCCAAACGGCGAGAACACAGAUAUGUGCAGUGUCACUAACACGCUGUUUAUAUUCUUGCAAAGUAGAAUGCUUCUAACCUAAGCCUUCAUGGAAAACGUAGUUUUGUCGCUUGGAGAUGUCCUGUCGGUGUCGUUAGCAUUGAUGUCGUUGCUUACCGCCACAGCACACGAUUUCCGCGGUUAUCCUGAUUUAUGCGAUGUACAACAGAACACGUGUACCAAGUUCAAUGAACAUGUGUUGAAUGUUCAUUGUACACAUGUGUACAUGUGUACAAUGUGUACUACUACUGUGACAAAUCAUGACUCGUGCGUCUAAAAAGUUUAAGCGUUUCUUCUAUACAGUGUUCUUUUUCUUAUUAUUGAAAAAAAGAAACAUUCUUUUCGAAAUUUGAUGUUCAUAUACCGACCGUAUAGACGUUAAACAGCGGCUGGCAUUUUCUUAUUUGUCGACGCGGUUUUUUCCAGAUUCAAGCUAGUGUGUUGAAGAUUACCCCGGAUGUUGUAUGGUUGAUUGUGCAUGCAGUGGGUAAGUAGAGGAGGAAGUGCGGGUGCGUGUCAUUGUUGAUCAUUGCUUCUCAAACUUUUGUAUAAACGAGCAUUGCUCAUACCUCCGCGGUGUGUUAGGUUGCUUUCAAUGCAAAUAAGCGUGAGAAGUGUAUUGUUCAGCUCGUUCGCACCUAUGGCACCCAGUGGCUUGCGAGCGAACGUCGAGCGAUUGGAACGCGAAGAACGCGCUAUUGGACACCCGUAAACGAACACGGACAAUUGAGGAAUACAGACGGUGUUAGCGUAUCACCACCAUUUGAUUGCCGCCUUACGAUUAAGAAGUUUGCCUCCGUGCGAAUGCA